AUGUCACAUCUCCAAGUGCCCACGCAGCGGCCAAUGUUGCGUCGCCAAACAACGCAAGAGCGGCGCCAGAAGAGUCUGACUGCAUUCAAAUCAUCUGAAUCACUUCAAAAGCUCAAGGAACAGGCUGGCACUCUCAAUGCAACUGUCGAGGCUAUAUACGCCGGCUUAUCUGCCACGCAAUCCGACGACGGCGAGUUGUUCUAUUGUGUUGCCCUCCACGACGGCACCUAUCCAGUCGACUGCCAAGACAAGGCCCUUGGCUUCUCCAGGAGUGUCACCAGGAGUAUCCGUUUGUCUGAUGACUCUUCCGAGGCCGGAUCGGGAAUCUCCACGCCCAUGUCGGUGGUGUCGGUGGCUGAGACCCCAGAAGCUGUAGAAGAGGCAUUCAUCGACUACCUCCGUAGUUACCGAGAGGCGAAACUCUCCAAACCCAUGGGCGCAUCUUUGACAGCCGAACUCGAUCAAUUGAGCCCCCAUCUGGCCGUACGCUUGUGGGCUGAGUUGGACAUUCUCCCAUUCAUCUUCCCAGUUGAGAAGAAUGAGGAACACACGUCCAUGUCAUUGGAUCAACAAGCCGAGUACAUGGCCAGGAAGACUGUCAAGCAAUUCAACGUCAAGGGCGAGUUGCCCGUCCAGAUAGGACCCCGCCGCCAGGUGCUGGUCGACCUCGACGGCAAGGUACGCAUAUCGGAAUUGGAGAGUUACAAUUCCACCACCAAAGUCGAGACAACUGGGGCUGCAACCAUGCACUACGUCGAUUCACUGAAGAAGAACAGCACCAAGAUUGCUUUCUUCAAUAGUACCGCACAGGGUGGUGGCGUAGCCCUGAUGAGGCACGCUCUCAUGCGAUAUUUGCGUCUGGUCGAUGUUGAUUGCAAAUGGUACGUGCCAUAUGGAAAGAGUAACAUCUUCAGGAUCACCAAGGACAACCACAACAUUCUUCAGGGUGUUGCCAAAGCUGGCGAGCGUCUCACUGAUGACAAGAUCAAGAAACUCGACGCCUGGGUCGCAGAAGAGGCUGACAAGUGUCACUGGACAGAAACCGGCGGCCCGCUCGCCGCUCGGACGGACGGUGGUGCUGACGUUAUCGUUGUCGACGACCCACAAAUGCCGAGUCUUGUCAAAAUUGCCAAAGAGAAUGAUCCAGAUCGCCCCGUCAUCUUCCGCAGCCACAUUCAGGUCCGAGCCGAUCUCGCUGACAAAGAGGGCACCGCGACCUCUGAAGUAUGGAACUGGAUUUGGAACCACGUCAAGGGCUGCGACGUCUUCAUCAGCCACCCCGUGCGCGCCUUCGUUCCCAAGUCGGUUGAUGCAAAGAAGGUAGGAUAUAUGCCCGCGACUACCGACUGGCUGGAUGGUCUGAACAAACACAUGGAUCCCUGGGAUGAACAGUACUACAUCCACGAAUUCAAGGUGCAGUGCUUUGGAGCUGGUCAGCGUCAGAUUCUUCUCCCAGACCGGAAAUUCAUUGUCCAAAUCGCUCGUUUCGAUCCGGCCAAAGGUAUCCCGGAUGUUCUCGCAUCAUACGCCCGACUACGCAAGGUGUACAUGAAGGACACUCCUCUAUUGGACAUUCCACAGCUUGUCAUUGCAGGCCAUGGCGCCGUCGACGAUCCGGACGCCACGAAGAUCUUCAAGGAAACUGAAGAUGCUCUCAAGGGCGAGUAUGCGGAGUUCAAAGACGACGUGGUCAUCAUGCGUAUCGGCCCGUCUGACCAAAUGCUCAACGCACUGAUGUCGUGUGCUCAUGUUGCCCUUCAGUUGUCCACGCGCGAGGGCUUCGAAAUCAAAGUCAGUGAGGCGCUCCGCAAAGGCACUCCAAUCAUCGCGACUCGCGCUGGUGGUAUUCCACUCCAGGUCCGCGAAGGCAAAUCUGGCUUCCUUGUCAAGCCUGGCGACCACGAUGCAGUUGCGAAGCACCUGUACGAUCUUUUUACCGAUACGGAGCUUCAUUCGACCAUGUCAGAGUACGCCGGCAAGCAUGUCAGUGACGAGGUCAGCACCGUGGGCAAUGCAUUGUCGUGGUUAUACCUGGCAGAUGAGCUUGCCAAGGGCGAGAAGCUUGUGCCCAAUGGUCAAUGGAUCAAUGAUAUGGCAAGGAAGAAGGCGGGCAUUCCUUACGAGAAGAACGAGGAUAUCUUGGUGCGCAACGUAGAUCUGACGGCCAACUGAGUGCGAAUCUAGAUGACUGAGAGUUUGCGGCUGGAGCCAGUUUCUGUGGGUAUGCUGAGGUCUGGUUCAUUUGAGCUGAGUGUCGAUGGUGGUUUGGCGUUUGCAGUAGCUUCUUCUUAGCAGAUUUAAUUGUAGAGCUACAACUAGUUUCUCUUAC